AUGUACGACAUCAACAACCACGACGGACACCACAACGACUCCAUCGCCGUCAGCGACGACAAGAAGAUGGACGGCUCCUACGAUAGCGGCAUCGGCAUGCCGCCGUCGCCGCCCGGCUCCUCGUUGGCCGUCGACUAUGGCUUUCCGCAGCAUCAGCGCGGCCAGGUCGGCCAGUGGAUCGAGGUCUGGGACUACGUCGGCGGCGCGCGCUUCCGCGGCUUCGUGGCGGGCGACGGCGACGACAAGGCCAUGUUCGUCUUCUUCGACAGCGAGGCCACGGUGCGCGACCUCAAGCCGGGCCUCAUGGCGCUGAUUGAGCUCUGCGGGCUCGACGAGUUCGAGUGCGCGCGCCUCAACGUGUGCCUGGACCGCAAGGCGCCGGCCGAGGACAUGAGGGGCCUCAUGAAGGACCUCGGCUGGAUCGGUUUCGAGCCCGUCACGCUCGCUGAGUGGGCUGAGAAGCCGCCAAUCGUCAGCGACGCGUGGGUCUUGCUGGGCAUGGAGGUCUGA